GUCUUAUAUCUAGAAGACGGAUGGUCACACUCGACGAUGUAAUCUCAGCCUGAUCCAGGUUCAAAGCAAACCUCGUACCGGAUAUCCUUACGCACGCUCGUCAUGUUUCCAUUCGUCCGACGAACCGGGAACUCGGUCCGCCCAGCCAGGUCGAUCAGCAUCGUCCAGGUGCAUAUGCGGAAUUUCAGUCCAUCAGCAGCUAGGCUCGCCGGAGAGUUCGUCGCUACCCGAGGGAAUAUGCAGCUACACCGGAUCAAGGAGAUGUUGGAGAGGAUCGACAGGACGAAUCGGCCGAGCGAAAAGAUCGAGGUGGUCAAGCAGUACGAGGACGUUCGUCCCGUUCUCGAGCUUACCUAUGACCCCCAUGUCAAGUAUUAUGUCAAAUCCAGCUCGGUCAUCAAGCACUUGGCCAGGUUCCCGGAAGACAUCGAACGAAGCUCUUCUCGCCCAGUCUCGUCCAUCUUUGUUCCCGGAGAUGAAGAGGUUUCAAACCACCCGACGCUGGAGAGUCUACUCGAAGCUCUCCGGAAAAAGGAGGCCAACAUCUUUGACAUCAUUUCGUUCAUGCAAAAGAACGGGGUCUUUGCUACCGCACGGACGGUGGAGGACGUGCAGCGGGCGAACGAGGUCAGGGGGGCUCAGGGGUUGUCGGCACUGUCAGUUUUCUUGAGGGUGAUCGACAAGGAUCUGAACGUAGGUUUCGGGCCCAAGCUGUUCGAGCACGUCGGCUGGACGCUACAGAAAGAUGCGGAACGGAGUCUCAUUGCACAUGCCAAGCGUAACGGAGUCGAACUGUCCGACCCGCCCAAGGAGGAGCCCGUUUUCGAUAUGGCUAUGCCCGAUACGAUGCGUCUGGAACCUGCACUCGGCAAGACGGUCCUAGCAGAAGACGUUCCGAAGCUGUUUGCGGACCCCAACGGUGCACAGUGGUACGGAAGCCGAAAGCUGGACGGCGUACGGUGCCUCGUCGUCGUCGACGUCGAGAUCGAGGAGAGCGAAUACUUUGAAUCGAGCAACAUCAAGGUCACCCGGGCCAAGUGUUAUUCCCGUACGGGCAAGGCAUUUCACGUGCUCCAACCUCUACUGGAUGACAUCGAAAAGCUCUGCACCAACUGGACCGACCUCAUCCGGAUACUCGAGAGUGAGCCGAGUCUCAGCGAGAACACGUACAAAUACAAGUACUUGAGCGGGAUCUUUUCAGAGAACAAACGGUUCGUCCUGGACGGAGAACUCUGCGUGUUGAAAGAGUCCAAGGACGAGGAAGGGGUUCUGGUCGAGGAUUUCAAAGAGGUCGUCGGCAAGGUCAGGCGAAAGACGGGGUCAGCGGACGAUAUCCGGAUGUUCAUUCUGGACAUGAUCCCUUGGAGCAACUUUGACCGCCAUGCCAACAAGGGAACUGCGGAUAUGCCGGCUCAACAGAAGUCGUUUAGUCAACGACAGGAAGACGUUAUCGCGGUGUUGCAGCGGAUGGACGAUAUCACCAUUGAGGGCGAGGAUCACAGCCUGCUUUGGCUGUUGCAAGAACCCAUGAACAGUCCCGAAGAGGUCGAGGGCCUGAUAGCUACGGCUUCGGAGGAGGGCUGGGAGGGUAUCGUCCUGCGGAGGGAUGUACGAUACGAGGGCAAACGGACAGCGAACAUCCGGAAAUACAAAGCCUGGCUAGAUGCAGAGUAUGAGGUUAAGGAUAUCGAGAUCAAUACUAUGCGUCUGCCGGUCGAUGGUAUCUACGAAGACCGACCAGCGCUGGCUAGCCUGAUAAUCGAGCACAAAGGCGUGCCCGUCAAUGUCGGGAGUGGGUUCACGAACUCACAACGGAUCGAGUUUGCCAAAGACCCUAGCCUGAUCAUUGGCAAGCAGGUCACGGUCGAAUACUUUGGCGAGUCUACGAGCGAUGCUAGGGACAAGAAGGGUGGUGGCUUGAGCCUACGCUUUCCUCGGAUAAAGCAUAUUUGGGAGGGCGAGAAACGAGACGUGUAAGCGGGAAGCGCGACUAAGAUGGCUCAUGUCGGCCUCGCCUGUAAAUUGAGGAAGCUUGUGUAACACCAUGACACCCCAUUGAUCAAUAAUAAUAGCAUAGCGA